AUGUCCGGGUCCGACGAAUCAAGAGAACUGCCUAAGGGGUCGGGACAUCGGCCGGAAACAAAUACACCACUGCUCAAGCUGCCACUCGACAUCAUGAUUCAGGUCUGGAAGAAGUGUCACAGUCAUAUCGACGUCAAGAACCUCUAUUCAACAUGCAGGACUCUAUACGAUAUGUUCAAAGCACUCGGAAACAUCAGGCGAACCAAAGAAAUGAUCCGGCGUUGUAUCUAG